UGGGCAUCUACAAGCUCAUACCUGUCUUUGUUUAUCGAAAUGGAAGAACUAGAAAAUUCUCCUUCUUCCUCCAUAGAUAGCAGCAGCCACCCCCCUAUUUCUUCUUCUUCAUCUUCCUCCUAUAAUACCAGGAGGGCCUUAAGCACAGAUCUACAGCUCGGACUGAGCCUCUCUACUUCUUCCUUUCAGGCAAAUUCUCCCACUGAAAGGACUGAAAGCUUAUUUGUGAAGGUCUAUAUGGAAGGAAUUCCAAUUGGAAGGAAGCUAAAUUUAUUAACUCAAGAUGGCUAUCAAAGUCUGAUAAGAACACUUCAACAGAUGUUCAGGACCACAAUUGUCUAUCCUGAUGUAUGUCAAAACCCUUCAACCACAGCAAAUGUUCUCACAUAUGAAGAUAAGGAAGGAGAUUGGAUGAUGGUUGGAGAUGUCCCAUGGGAGCUUUUCUUAACUACUGUCAAAAAGCUGAAGAUAACAAAAGCUGAUAAGUGCUAAAGUACCAAUAUUCAUCAAUCCCCAAUUUUGUUUGUAAGUUGGGUUAGCAUCAGAGAAUUUUAAAGAGAGGAAAGGUAGAGAUUGAAGAAGAAAUGUAGAUAAGAUGUGUUAAUUAGCCUUUAUUUGUCUGUUUUGCAUAAUAUAUUGGUAAUUAAUCUCAUUUGAAGGUGAAGGAAGAUGAGUGCAAUCAUUUAAGGGCUGAUAAAAAGUUUUUUUUUCCUUUUUUUGGAAGACAUUUAGGUCAAUUAAGACAAACUCACACACAGAUCUUCACAUACGAAAUCUCUUGAUUGUUAGCUAAAACUCCCAGCCAACAGACUAAGAUGAGCUGCGUACAAGAAGUUACAUAGAGAGGAAAAUAUUAUGAUGUAAUCAGAUUUUUGUUGUUUCCAAAAUUAUAUUUUCAUGAAUGUUUUA